GGAAGACGCUAUGCCCGAUGCAGUAAAUCCCAGGGAAGACGAUGAAGUCCCCGGAGAAGAAAAGCAAACCCCAGAAGCAGCUAAAGAAAACGGAGAAGAGAGAGCUAAUGGCGGCAGUGGAUUCAUUAAUCAUCUCCUAUCCAACUUCGUUAACGGUGAUGGAGAAAACCGAACCGAACAAGCCGAGAAGGAGACGAUCAGUGCAGGUGCAGAGGGAAAACAUGACAAAAAGAGCGGCGGGCUUUUCGAUCAUAUCAUAUCCAAUCUGGUCAGUCCUUUAAGUCCGAGAAGUGGAAACAUCAGUACCCAAGUAAAAGCUGAAGCUUUUGAUGAUACAACCGCAAGUGAAAAUGAACCAGGUUUGAGAUCAGAGGAAGAAGGUGGUGGCGGCGGCGGAGGGUUUAUCAACAACCUUAUGUACAACCUGUUUCACCCCUCCGAGGGCGAAGUGGGAGAGGGAAGCAAUAAGAAACAAAAGGUGGAAGAAUGUGGUGAAGAUGAAAGCAAAGCAGAGAAAACAGAGGGUGGAGGUAUUAUUGAUAACAUUGUUUCACGGUUGCCUACAUCUCUUCCAGAGAGUGCAGCUCCCAGCAGUGAUGAAGCUACUAUUCUGAUUCACAUCGUUCAAGAUUAACAAGUGUUGGUGAUUGAGGAUUUAUUCCUUUUUUUUUUUGGAAGAAUCUGAUUGUAACAUCUUCAACCACUUUGAUUCCUAUUGGCUCCUACUUUGAUUUUCUUUGUUUUGUGUAAUU